AUGACGACGUCCCCGCCUAACUUCGGAGCUCUUUGGACUGGUGACGCCCCUCUGAAGAUGAAAAGACCUGCAACUUCUGAACCAAAAGCAGAAAGACCAAAAAAGAAGAUCAGAUCAGAGCCUCCAGCCCCAGAACCUGAAGUUAAAGUAGCUCCUGUAAUUGUCGCGCAAGUCAAGAGGCCUGUCACUUUAAAGGACAAACUCAAACAGGCUCUGGAUAAGUCAAAGAGUCGGGCUGUAGCUGCUUCAAAAGUGUCAAACCCUUAUUCAUCGUCUAAAGCUUCCCAAGUCAACAAGAAGGGAGGAGUCAACACGACUGCAAAACACCCAAAACUACAACCGCAACCAACAACCUCAACACAAACACGGCCAACACCAGCUGCUCCUUCGAAUAAGCAUGCCAAAAAGUUGGCUGGUGCCGAGUUUCGUUGGAUUAACGAGCAAUUGUAUACCACAACAAGUUAUGAUGCUGUUGAUCUCUUCAAAACCCAACCAAACAUGUUUGAUGUGUAUCAUCAAGGAUUUAGAUCUCAAGUCACAACGUGGCCACUGAAUCCAAUCAAUGUGAUUAUAGCAUCAUGCUCUAAACUACCCAAAACUACCAUAAUUGCUGAUCUAGGCUGUGGAGAUGCUCAACUAGCACAAGAUCUAAGUCACGAUUACAAAGUACAUUCAUUUGACUUGGUUUCGAAAAACAAGCAUGUUGUAGCAUGUGAUAUUGCUCAUGUGCCAUUGAAGGAUGGCUCAGUGGAUGUUGUGGUUAUAUGUUUGGCUCUAAUGGGAACGAAUUGGGCUGAUUUUGUUAAGGAGGCUGUACGAAUUCUUCGGAAAGGUGGGAUGCUCAAGAUAGCAGAGGUAACAUCGAGAUUUGUCAAUGUGGAUGACUUUGUAGAGUAUUUGACUGCAUCAUUGGGGUUGAAGUUGAAAUCUCAGGACGUGUCGAAUCCCAUGUUUAUACUGUUUGACUUUGUGAAAAAGACUGAAGCUAGUGCAGAAGUUGAGGACAAAAGCUCGCUUCUGAAGCCAUGUGUAUAUAAAAGGCGCUGA